AUGAAUGUCAAGAUCAGGCCUGAGAAAUACCUGAAAUAUCUCUAUCUACCCAAUUUGUUCGGCACCCAGCGCACGAAGGAAAUUUUGUCUGUCAACCCAACCGUGAUCCCAACAAGGGAAGAGGCGAACGAGGUGGUGGUAUUUGUAUAUGAUUUUGACGCAAACGGCAUCGAGGAGAGACGGCUUACAUCAGUAAAAGAGUGUUUCCGAUUCAAAAACAGCAACCGAAUCAGCUGGAUCAACAUAGAUGGGCUUCGCAAAGCUGACGUGGAAACCGUCUGUGAACAUUACGGUGUUCACCCACUCAUUGUGGAAGAUAUUCUUAGUAUCAAUCAGCGUCCUAAAAUGGACGAGGUCGAGGGUAUACUUUUCUGCCUGUUGAAUAUGCUAUAUUACAAUGAUCAAAAACAGACGGUCGAACAGGAACAGAUCAGUAUCAUUGUAGGUACCGAUUUUGUAAUAAGCUUCCAGGAAGAUGCCAGUCGGGAUGUAUUCAAUCCACUCAGGGAUCGGCUGAAACUCAAUACCAGCAAGGCCCGGCAACGCGGGGCCGACUACCUCUGCUAUAGCAUGCUUGACCUGAUUGUCGACAAUUAUUAUACG